AUGAAUACCACAUCGUAUACCAAGGAUAAAGUUUACUAUUGUCUAACAUUCCAGCAAUUGAUAAUUGAUAAAGUACUGAAUCAAUCGAAUCUAGACGAAAAGUUAACUACCCUAACAGCUGGUCUAGCAUCUAUAACAUUGCCAACUUGUAUUGCCUAUGCAUUAGCUGGAAAUAUGACCAUUCUAAUUUUAUUAUGUCUGAAUGUUAAACGACCAAAUCAUAUGGAAAUUUAUGGUUGUAUAUUAAUUCUAUUCGAUACAUUAUUUGUAAUUGUUUCAUGUGUCUAUUAUAUUCCACAGUAUUUUGCCUGGUGGAGUCUAUCUAUUACAGCUUUACACUUUACAAGUCAUGCAUACUGUAAACUAAUCUUUGGCUUUAUUGAUCUAUUCUCAGCGAUUCGUAUGAAUCUUAUCCUAUAUAUGAUUAUUCUAUGCCUGAGAAAACCACAGUAUUAUUAUUACCAUUCAAAAAUGUAUGGUUAUCUACGCUUGAUAUCAAGAUUAAUUAUUAUCCUAGCUGUUAGUUUAAUACAAGCUGUACCAACAUUUGUAAUAUACGGUUUAUGGCUGCAUGAUGAUAUCUGUCUCUGUCUACCACAUCCACAAUGGUCUUAUAAAUAUCAUAAAUUCUAUUAUAUACAUAAAGCGUUAUACUUGGAAUGUUUAAUUCAAUCAGUUAUUUCACUACUUUUAAGUAUCCCGCUAUGGUAUAAAUAUAAUCUAGAUAAACAAACUUAUUUAUAUUUAAAUAAUCAAUGUACAUCACGUAGUCUAUUGACUAAAAUAUUGAUUAAUUUAAAAUUAGAGAUACAAGGUCAUCGACAAAAUGAACAAUUCUUACUUAUUCAAAUAUUUACAAUAUGUCUAUUGAAAACGUUACGUGGUCUAUGUAGUCUAUCCUAUUCAAUGCAAAGAGCAGAUUUAACCAAUACUCGAACAGUAACACAUCCAUCUGUUUAUAUGCUAACAUUAUUUAGUAAGUGUGAUUCAUUAAGUAUAUUAGAAGUUAUAUUUAUUAGUAGUUCUUCUGUUGUCUGGUACAUAACCUCUUAUGAAAUUCAAUUAUUUUGUAGAUAUUUACGGUUGAAGUUAUUUUCUACAGGGAAAAAGAGUGGUGGUAGUAGUAGAGCAGCAUUUGCAUCGUUAACAUCACAAGAUUAUGCGUAUUUAUGUCAAAAAAGACGCUUAUUUCAUUCAUAUUAUCAAAUUAAUCAUCAAAAGUAUCCUGCACACAGAGAAUUAUCCAUUCGUGCACAGAAAAAAGUUGUUCAACAAUUAGAUAAUUUAAAAGAACAUUUAUUAAAAAUGCAUGCAAAAGAUUUAAAAGAUACAAAUGUUUGGAAACGUUAUAUGAUACAAAAAAAUUAUUACAUGAAUUAUUUGCAUAAAAUUCACGAUGAUGAAGAACAAACAUUGAAUGAAUUAGCUAGCAGCUUAGAUUUAGAUCCAGCGAAUCCAUUAUGCUUGAAUUCACUUGAAAUAGAUACUCCAGUUGAUGAAGAAAGAGAAGAAGGCGAAGGAGGUGAAGGAGGCGAAGAAGAACAAGAAGUAGACGAACAACGAUCAGAAAGUAAACAGCUGACGAUAGAUGAGCGUACAUCAAAUAAAACUGUUGAUAAUGAACGACAAAAAUAG